AUGCAGUCCGUGGUUUUCAAAGGUCCUUUGCAGGUCGCUUUGGAGGAGCGUCCACGACCCCAGAUCAAAGACUCUACCGACGUGAUCGUGAAAAAGAAAAGCCAACGGAAUUCUGAUUUGUAUGGCUAUAGUGAGUUGCACGUUUUCCGUGGACACCAACCCUCGGGGACUGGGUUUAUUAUGGGCCAUGAAUUCACAGGCGAGGUUUUUGAAAUUGGAGACCAAGUCAAGACAUUCAAACAUGGAGACCGAGUUGUGUCACCUUUCACCAUCAGUUGCGGAGACUGCUUCUACUGCGAUGGCGGGUUUUCAUCGCGCUGUGCUCGGAGUCAGCUCUACGGAUCCGCGAUAUUGGAUGGCGGACAGGCCGAAUACGUCCGUGUUCCCCUGGCGGAUGCCACCUUAGUUCAUGCGCCGCCUGCGAUCGAUGAAAAAAAGCUAGUUUUGAUGGCAGAUAUCUUCCCAACUGGAUAUUUUGCGGCAUCAAACGCUUUCCAUUCCCUGAACACCGCGACCAUUGAAAAGAGCACUGUUCUUCUCUUUGGAUGCGGACCGGUGGGUAUUUGCGCUUUGAUCAGCGCCUUGGAACAUCGACCAAAACAUUUGAUUGCGAUUGACAGCGUGCCAUCUCGUCUCCAGUUGGCUGAAAGCUUGGGUGCGGAGCCCUGGAACUACCAGCAAGAUGAGCAGGGCUUGAGGGAGCGCGUGAAGGCUUUGACGGAUGGCCGCGGCGCAGAUGUUGUCAUUGAGGUUGUGGGGCACAGUAGUGCAUUGCGGAUGGGAUUCGAGUUGUUGCGCCCAUGGGGAGUCCUCUCGAGUGUGGGUGUUCAUAAUGGCGAAAUCCCUUGGACUGGCAAUGAAGCUUACGGCAAGAAUUUGCGCAUCCAAAUGGGACGGUGCCCGGUUCGGAGCAUAUUUGGUGAGGCUAUGGAGCUGUUGGCCAAAAAGCAGGAUGUACUCAAUUUCAUGACGGAGGAUAUUCGACCUCUCUCUCAGGCCGUGCAGGCUUUCGAUGAUUUCAAUAACAUGCGAUGUCAGAAGGUGAUUUUUGAGGCGGAUAAGUAG